CUAACAGACUGGCAAUUAGCUGCAUUGGAGGCUUGCAGCUGGAAUGUAACCUCUGCACACACACACACACACAGCACCGGGGGGGGAGGAGAUGCAGCACCAGCUGGACCAGCGCACCUUGCCUAACCCUGUGCAACAAGGAGAGUUGGUGAUUGCAAUGAGGGUUUCAAGCCGGAUUUCACCGCAGUUCCCAGUGGUGAGUGUGUGUUGGUAGUUUCAGCGGCUCAAGGGCAUAUGCAGAGUGAAGGUUGGCCUCUCCGUCAAAGUAACGUCUCUGGUUGUGUGACGAGCGGCAGGUGGGGAUGCCCCAAAGCAGUGCCAGCCCGGAACCAGCCUCCCACCGCAGAGCUGGCCAACCGGCAGUCAACCUGGACCAGCCGGGGGAGGCCAUUAUGGAACGGAAGAAGAAGAGGAAAAAAGAGCCCAGACCUGAGUCCAUUAUAAUCUACCGCUCGGAGAGUGAGAAGGUAGAGGAAGAUCAGGGUGACCCGGACUCCACAGCCAAGAGCACAGAGGAAAGGACCAACUUUCUCACUCCUCCUGAAGGUGCCUGGAACAUUCCCGCAGACAGUAGGUACGUGACCCUGACUGGGACCAUCACUAGGGGGAAGAAGAAGGGGCAGAUGGUGGACAUCCAUGUGACACUUACUGAGAAGGAACUGCAGGAGCUGGCCAAGUGCAAGGAGCCUCCGCGGAGCAAGGAGGAGAGCGAGAGGAAACCAUGUGACGUGGGGCCCAGGCGAGGGCCACACGUGGUCCUGUGGAGCCUGCUUUGUGCCCCAGUGAUCUUUGUCCUCUCCUUCGUCAUGUCCUUCUACUACGGCACCAUCGCCUGGUACAACAUCUUCCUGGUGUACAACGAGGAGCGGACCUUCUGGCACAAGGUGACCGUGUGUCCGCUCCUGAUCAUCCUGUACCCGGUGCUGAUCGUGGCCACCUCGGCUUCACUUGGGCUCUACACCAUGGUGACCCAGGUCUCCUGGUCCCUGGGCGAGUGGUGGCAGGCCGUGCGGGACCUGGAGAAGGGCUUCUGCGGCUGGCUCUGCAGCAAGCUGGGCCUGGAGGACUGCUCACCCUACAGCAUCGUGGAGCUGCUGGACUCCGACAAUGUCUCGGGAAGCCUGUCGGGCAAGGGUGGUCCAUCUUUGGAUCAGACGUCUGCUGUCUAGAGAGAGCGAGAGAGGAAAGAAAGAAAGAGAAAAAGAAAGAAAAGUUUAGCUCAAAAACUCUUCCAGAACUUUGAGGGAGAAGAGAGCCUCAGUAAGUCUUGUGCUUGUCUCUCGGGGUCCGUUUUGUUACCUCGUUCAGAUGCCCGGGGAGGGAGUAAUUUGUAAGAUCAGCAAAUUGACGUGUAAAUCGUAGGUUCCUAGCCGUGUCCUGGGCUUGGAACUCCCACCGGAUGGUUGGGAGCUUCCUGCGGGCACAGUCCGGCUUCACAGAAUCCAGGGAUGAGCUGGGCGACAGAGCGGGUACUGGAAGGUCAGCCUGAGAGUUGCCGGGACCCACAGGAGUCUUUGUAUUUCAAAUGCCUCAUUUGUAGGAAACCUCCCCAAUGUCUCGCUUACAUCAGUGUCCAUGAGAUGUGCAGACAGGCUUGAGGGGACAUCUGAGUGAAAGCAACUCCCAGCUUAGUGUGUAACUGUGGUGACUCCCAGACCGAUUGCCAGUCAGUCCUAGUUCCCGCAGCCUGUCCUACCCGCGUUCCUACCCUUUCCCUCUUGUCUUGUUGGAAGCUGGGCCUCCAUACCAGGGUCUAGUGUACUGAAACGAGCAGUGGGUUCCCCCCCGAAGCCAAUCACAAGCAUUUGUUUUGAGGUCCAGAUUUCGGGUCAGUUCAAUGGUUCUUGAUAUCAACUUAAUUUAUUUUAUCUUCCAACUUCUGAAAGUGCCGAGCUGUACAAUUGAGCACUUUCCUACAAGCUUUCCUACAGUUUUUAUUGGUUUAAAGAAAUUGUUUUUUGUGUGUCUGAAAUUUUAACAACUUUUAUUACCAAGACACACGGCCUUAAGUAAGAGUGAGUGAGUGCGUGUGAGUGGUGUGUGCGUAGAGAGGGAAUGAGGGGAGGCAGGCUAAACUGGGUUAAUUUUGUAAAUAAAGGGCUUUGAAAUGUCUUGCUAUGUUGCGUAACCCUUUCCCCCCCUCCUCCCUCACUCUCUUCCAUUACUCCUCUUGCAUUUGCCCUCUCUGGACAGUGCAUCAAUCUGGUCUCACUCUGGAGUAGGAGGAGAAACCCGGAGUCUCUCCUUCCCUCUUUCUCUGACUCUCUCGGCUUUGCUGUCUUCCACUUGCUCUCGUUGCUUUCGUUCUCUUCGGCUCGGACCAUAUCACCUGCCCAGGGUCAGUCAGGUUCUGCCUCACGUUCCCCCAAUGCCUCAGCUUUGCAUUGCUCUGUCUAGCAAUCGGCAGGUGAGGACACAGAGCAGGUUUGGGGAGAGACAGGAACAGCUCAGGUUCCAGCUUGCUUUAUUGAACUGGCCUUCCUGCCUUUCCUUGAAUGUCCAUCACCCCGGGGGCCCAUCACCUGGCGACAUUGAUCAGCAAAGCAUCUCAACUGAAGGAAAAGUACUUUGUUCUUCUCAUCUAUGCAGCUAUCUCUCUACUGCUCGGGACACACUGGCUGUUGGCUUCUCACUGACUCACUCCUCACCAAUUCACCGUUCCCCUCUCCCCAUACCCCUUGCGUAUUUGCCCCCUUAUUCUCCCCAUCCCCGUUUGCAUUCACCUACAAAUACUCAGUCACUUCACUGUACAGUAAAUCAUGUAAA